UAGAGCGUCAGUCGUCCGGAUCGCGGAACGGUGUGCACCUUGUCAGGCGUCCGCUCGCUGCCCCGAGUCGCGCAGCUUCCCAGGUGAACGCGGAAGCCCGAAGAGCGCCGUCCACGGGCCCUGUCGGCGCUCAGGCCUCUCCGCGCGCCUCCUCACUCGGCCGGGACGUCGCGGUGGAGGCGUGAGGCGCCGCCGGCCGAACGCCUGGAGCGGCGGUAGCCCGCGGCCUGCGGUUCUCCUCCUCCCCCGCCGCCCUCCCACCAGAGCUGCGGCGGGGCUCGGCCGCCUCGGCGCUUCUGCACGAACAAAGGAGGCCCCCGCGGCGCCGGCGCAGCUCCGCCUGCGCUGCGCUCCGCUCCGGCCCGCGGCGGCCGCUAGCCAGCCCUUCCCGGAGGCCUCAUCCCGGCCCACCGCCCGGCGUCGCGCGCCAGCUCGCUAGUGCAUCCGGGCCCCGUAGGAAAAAUAUGGCUCAGGAGACUAACCAGACCCCAGGGCCCAUGCUGUGUAGUACAGGAUGUGGCUUUUAUGGGAAUCCUAGGACAAAUGGAAUGUGUUCUGUUUGCUACAAAGAACAUCUUCAGAGACAGCAGAAUAGUGGCAGAAUGAGCCCAAUGGGGACAGCUAGUGGUUCCAACAGUCCUACCUCAGAUUCUGCAUCUGUACAGAGAGCAGAUGCUAGUUUAAACAACUGUGAAGGUGCUGCUGGCAGCACAUCUGAAAAAUCAAGAAAUGUGCCUGUGGCUGCCUUGCCUGUAACUCAACAAAUGACAGAAAUGAGCAUUUCAAGAGAGGACAAAAUAACUACCCCGAAAACAGAGGUGUCAGAGCCAGUUGUCACUCAGCCCAGUCCAUCAGUUUCUCAGCCCAGUUCUUCUCAAGGUGAAGAAAAAGCUCCUGAAUUGCCCAAACCAAAGAAGAACAGAUGUUUUAUGUGUAGAAAGAAAGUUGGCCUUACAGGGUUUGACUGCCGAUGUGGAAAUUUGUUUUGUGGACUUCACCGUUACUCUGACAAGCACAACUGUCCAUAUGAUUACAAAGCAGAAGCUGCAGCAAAAAUCAGAAAAGAAAAUCCAGUUGUUGUGGCUGAAAAAAUCCAGAGAAUAUAAAAUUACUACAUGUGAAGAGACUGAAACUUUGUUUUUAUUUUAAUAUAUAGUAGGAAAACAUUAAAGAGCAGAUGCAUGGCCAUUUUCCUUUGAUGUUCUCCAGAGUUUUGCUUUAUACUUGUCUGUCAUAUAAUUGAUAUUUUAGGAUGUUGGGUGUUUGUUACAGGCAGAAUUGGAUAGAUACAGCCCUACAAAUGUAUAUGCCCUCCCCUCAGUAAAAUUGGACAAAAAUAUGCACAACAAAUUGAAAUACACAUAUACUAGGAACAAAAUUUAGUUCCGUGUGCCAAACUAAAUGAAUGAAAUCUCUGCAUGUUUGCAGCAUAUCUGCCUUUUGGGAAUGUAAUCAAGGUAUAACCUUUGGCUAGUGUUAUGUGCCUGUACUUUAAAAAAAAAAAAAUGGUACACCAGAAAAGGACUGGCAGU